CUCUUCCCCCUCACCAGAAAGCAAUGUAGACUGCCAGACCCAGUGUCUCAUAGACUGCAAGCAGGGACAUUACUACACAGCUGGCAACUGUUUGGAAUGUCCUACAGGCUUCUAUUGCCCUGGGGGUCAAAAAGCUCCAAGGAAAUGCCCACUGGGAACAGCCAAUGAACUUCCAGCUCAAGUGGACAUCACAGCCUGCCAGGUCUGUCCUGAAGGCUAUCUCAGCCUAGAGAAUGGAGCUGGAUGUCGUGCAUGCCCAGAUGGCUAUUCGUGUGAUCCACGUAGUGGUGUGCAGAGGAGCUGCAGUCCUGGCCAGUAUUCUCCAGAGGGAGAGUCAGAGUGCCUGGGAUGUCCAGAGAACCAUGUCUGCCCAGAUGGAAGGAGCAGGCAGCGCUGUUUGGCCGGGCAGGAGCCAGAUCCAAGCCACACUCACUGUGUUACCUAUGCUCGUGGUUCUGUCUCAGCUGAAGACACGCUGAUAUGCCAGCCCUGUCCAGCAGGUCACUUCUGUGCAGGCAGCCUUACAGACACUCCUCCAUGCCCAGCAGGGAACUACAAACCCAAAGAGGAGAUUCUCAUGCCCAGCAGCAGCUCCUCGUUCUUACCUGGAAAUGGAUUGUGUUUGAAGUGUCCUGCUGGGUAUUUCUGUCCUGAGGGAGCAAGUCACCCAGCACCGUGCCAGCCAGGUACAUACAAUCCUCUCCAAGGACAGGAUGAAGCCUCUGACUGCAGAGCCUGCCCAGCAGGAAGAGCUUGCACCCAGGCUGGAUUAACUCAGCCUGAUUCUGAGUGCUUACCAGGGUACGUGUGCCCAGUAGGAUCGUCCAGCCCACAUCUUCCCAGCAAUGCCUGUCCUCCAGGAACAGUUGGCAAUGGCUUUGACCUCUUUGAUAAGUCCCAGUGUGAGACGUGUCCUGCUGGGUAUUUCUGUGUCAGAGGAACAGGGGGAAGACAGAAGCCUCCUGCUCCAUGUCCAGUUGGGCACUACUGUCCACCAGGCACAAAGCAUGCAGUGCAGCACAAGUGUGCCCCUGGCACCUGGAGCAACAGGACAAGGCUGAAAUCAGCAGAGGAAUGCUUGCUGUGCCCUGCAGGCUGGUUUUGUGUAGGAGGAUCUCAUGUCCCUUCUGGCAUGUGCAGCUCAGGGCACUACUGCCCUCAAGGUACGUGGAGAGGCACACAGCACCCCUGCCCUGCAGGAACUUAUGGCACCAGGCUGGGAAGCAGCAGAGUGGAAGAUUGUACUGCCUGCCCUGCCGGGGCGUUCUGCCCCAGUGGGACCUCCAAGCCAGUUCUUUGCCCAAAAGGAACUUACCGUGUGGAACAUGGUGCAGGAGUGGCUGCAGACUGUGUCCCUUGCCCUGGAGGGUACUACUGCCCCAACCUUGGCACUGUUACACCUCAAACAUGUGGUGCUGGCAACUUCUCAGACCCAGGUUCUGCCUCCUGCUUGCCGUGCUCUGUUGGACAUUACUGUGCUAGUGAGCACACCAGCCGGGAGAUGAUGCUGCUGGCCAUGGUUUGCCCAGCUGGUCUCCGAUGCCCAGAAGGACAGGCUGUUGCUCCAGAGGCCAAUGCAAACUCCUGCCCAAGGGGCUUCUACUGUCCCCAGGGAGAUACUGGCUCAGAUGCAAAGCCUUGCCCCAAUGGGACCUAUGGUAAACAGAAGGGACUCAGCAGUGCUGAGGAAUGCUCACUGUGCCCUGCAGGGAAGUACUGCUACAGAGCUGGGGCUGAGCCUUCAGGAAUUCCCCAUCCUACUGGAGAUUGUCCACUUGGCUUCAACUGCCCUCCAGGAACUGGAUUCCCUUUCUCCUUCCCCUGCACCCCUGGAUUCUUCUGGGUUAAUUCCAGUGCAGAGGAUGAAGACAGGUGCAAACCGUGUCCAGCUGGGUACUAUUGUGACUCUCCUGCCAUGACAGAGCCCAAAGCUUGCCCAGUAGGCUUUUACUGUGGUGAAGGCAGCUCUAAACCUGAGCCCUGCCCAGAGGGAACUUACAGUAACAAAAAGGGACUGUCUGGACCAUCAGAAUGCAGCCCAUGUGGCCGUGGUUUCUACUGUGCUGCUCCAGGGCAAACUGGGCCAAGUGGUCCCUGCAAGGCUGGGUUCUACUGCCAGGGCAGGGCCCUUACUGCAUUGCCUACAGAUGGUGUGACAGGAGAUGUGUGCCCUGCAGGGGCAUACUGCCCACCUGGGUCCCCUUUACCCAUCCCCUGUCCUCCAGGAACCUACAGCAAUGUGAGUGGGCUGAGAAGCCUUGGUCAGUGCUUGGACUGCCCACCUGGCCUUUAUUGUGAUGGGACCAAUACCCGAGCUCCCUCGGGACCAUGUGAGCCUGGAUACUACUGUACAGGAGGUGCCAAAAGUGCUCUUCAGCAUGUGGUCAUGGAAGGGCAUUAUUCCUCAGCAGGAGCUUUCAAGCCAGAGCCAUGUCCUCUUGGCAGCUUCCAGCCUGAACGUGGUCAGUCUCAUUGCAGGGGCUGUCCAGAGGGAGCAUUCUGCAAUGAGAUAGGCCUGGCUGAAACCCAGCCUUGUCCAAAAGGGCAUUUUUGCUUGUCUGGAAGUUCCUUGCCUCUUCCUUGUCCAGUGGGAAUGUAUACAGAUGUGCUUGGGGCAGGUUCAUGUAAGCCCUGCCCAGCAGGCAGGUACUGCAGCAUGGCAGGUCUGACUGAGCCAGAAGGACUUUGCCAGCCUGGAUAUUACUGCAGCCAAGGAUCCAGCAGCUCCUCACCUGUUGGCCUUUCGUUUGGAGAUCUUUGUCAACCAGGGUAUUACUGCCCUGCUGGCACUACACACCCAAAGGAGAUGGCAUGUCCUGCUGGCACCUGGAAUGGCCAGAGAGGAGCCCAGGAUGCCACUUGGUGUCUUCCUUGUGCCCCUGGGUUCUUCUGCAGUAUGUCUGGUCAAGAUGCUCCCGUAGGACUUUGUGCACAAGGCUACUACUGCACAGGAGGGGCAAAGACUGCAAAGCCAGAGGAUGGUGUCACAGGAGAUAUCUGUCCUCGAGGACAUUUCUGCCCUGCAGGUUCAGCAGCUCCUUCUCCCUGCCCCAGUGGUGAAUACAGCAAUGCAACAGGUCAAGACAAAUGUUUUCCAUGUCCUGCUGGGUUCCACUGUCCUAAAGGACUGCGACGCCGCUGCCCUCCUGGCUUCUAUUGCCCUCAGAGAACAGGAAUCAGUUUUUAUCCUUGUCCCCCUGGGACUUUCAACCCCUCUUAUGGACUCAGCCAGGCUGAGAGGUGCCAGAAGUGCCCUGCAGGAAUGUUCUGUGGAGACUGGGGACUCUCCUCUCCAAGUGGACCCUGCUGGCCAGGGUUCUUCUGCACAGCAGGAGCAAGUGUCCCAAACCCUGAUGGAGCCACGAACACCAGCACUGGUGGCCCAUGCCCACCUGGACACUUCUGCCCAGCUGGCACAAGUAUCCCACAGCAGUGCCCUGUGGGCACUUACUCAGACAGGCCAUACAUGUGGCAGGAAUCCAGCUGCAUGGCAUGCCCAUCUGGCCAUUACUGCAGCUCUGCUGCCCUCACAGCACCCUCAGGGCACUGCUCAGCUGGGUUCUACUGCCUGGCUAGAGCUUCCUCUCCAUCACCACCUGGUGUGUGGGAGGCAGGAGGCCCCUGUCCUGUGAGCCAUUUCUGCCCAGAAGGAGCCAGCUUUCCCUUAGCCUGCCUUGCAGGGACUUACAACAACCUCACCAGACAAGCUGCGUGCUUCCCUUGUGCUGCAGGGUACUACUGCCCAGAAAAUACUACCAGCUACAGUGUGAAUCCUUGCCCAGCUGGCUUUUACUGCCCUAAAGGAACCAGGUUUGCUACUGAGUUUCCCUGUCCCCGUGGCUACUUUAACCCUGAUUCCAUGACACAGAGCUUGGACAGCUGCUUGCCCUGCCCACCUGGGCACUACUGUGGGAAGGAGAACUUGACAGCUCCAUCAGGCAAGUGUGAUGCAGGUUGGUUUUGCAUCUCUGCUGCUUGGACCUCACAGCCUUUUGAUCUGGAUAACUACACCAGUGCCAACUGCCUCUGCCCAGCUACUGCUACUGGAGGGAAGUGCAUCGCUGGUUUCUACUGCCCUAGAGGAAGCCCAGAGCCUCUGCCCUGCCGUCCUGGUUUUUACUGCAAUGCUUCAGGUCUGUCUGUGCCUAGUGGGGAAUGUACUGCUGGGUUUUACUGUAAAGGUGGAGCAGUUCUCCCUAAUCCAACAGAUGAUGUGACUGGGAAUAUCUGCCCUGCAGGGACUUACUGCACUGCAGGGUCAGCAGAACCCAAGCUGUGCCCAGCUGGCACCUUCUCCAGCCUGCCAGGGAGGAGAACACUUUCUGAGUGCCAGCCUUGUCCCUCUGGCUUCUACUGUGAGGGUCCUGGUCUCAGUGCCCCUACUGGAGAGUGCUGGGAAGGCUAUUACUGCGACAACCAGCAAAGGCCAGUUACUGAUUUUACCCUUUACCCCUGCCCUGAAGGCUUUUACUGCCCCCCAGGGACAAAGAGGAGCACUCAGUACAGCUGUCCAGUGGGAACGUUUGGCCCAAGGCAAAAACUGAAAGCUGUCAAAGAAUGUCAGAGCUGCCCACCAGGAAAAUACUGUGAAUUCUCUGGACUUGCUGCCCCCACAGGAGACUGUGCUGAGGGAUUUUGGUGCAGAAUUGGUGCCCGGGUAAGAAAUCCUCAAGAUGGAGAGUCAGGAUUUCCUUGUCCUCCUGGUCAUUACUGUCCAGAAGGUGCACCACAUCCUUUAAAGUGUCCUCCUGGCACCUGGUCUGGCAGUGAAGGCAGGAGGAGUUUGCAGGACUGCCAGCCUUGUCCUGGAGGGCACUAUUGCAACAGCUCUGGACAGAGAGCCCCCACAGGACCCUGCAGCCCAGGGUAUUACUGUGUCAGUAAGGCCCAGACCCCAGUGCCCACUGAUGGACUCUCAGGAGCUCCGUGUCCCCUGGGUCAUUUUUGCCCUCUUGGAUCCAGGAGUCCAGAACCAUGUCCUGCUGGCUCUUACAUGCCACAGACCCAUGGAGAAAAGUGCCAUGCUUGCCCAGAGGGUGAAUACUGUGUCCCUGGUGAGCAACCAGAGCCAUGUCCCCAGGGGCAUUUCUGUCCCAAGGGCACAGCUCUUCCAAGGGCUUGUCCAGCAGGAUCGUAUAACCCCUCGCAAAGGCAAGCCAGCUGUCUUCCCUGUCCCCAAGGCUUCUUCUGUCUCAAAAAUUCCUCUUCCUUUUUGGAGAAUGAAUGUUCAGCUGGCCACUACUGCCCUACCAGCACAGCUUCUGCCACUCAGUUUCCAUGUCCCAAGGGCACUUACAACCCACAAAAUGGGAGCAGCCUGGUCUCUCACUGUAUCCCCUGUGAGCGAGGGCACUACUGUGCACUUGCAGGGCAGGCACGCGUUACAGGGCCCUGUCUGGCUGGGUUCUACUGCAGUGGAGGCUCUUCUAAUCCAACACCCACAGAUGGUCUUCUGGGGGACGUGUGCCCAAAGGGAACUUACUGCCCUAUGGGCACUGCCUUUCCACAGCCGUGUCCUCCUGGUCAUUAUAGCAACUCAACUGGGAAUACUGGGAUUGAGGACUGCCUUCUGUGUGAUGCAGGGUAUUUCUGCAGUGGGACUGGACUUUUAUCUCCAACUGGAUUAUGUGAAGGUGGAUUCUACUGCAGUGGAGGAGCCAUUUCUCCUAAACCUCCCAGGAUAACAGUCAGUGGAGGACCGUGUCCACCUGGACACUACUGUGUAGCAGGGAGCAGCAGAGCCCAGCCUUGCCCUGCAGGGAGUUACAGCCCAUCCUGGAGCACAGUGCAGUGUUUGGAGUGCCCAGAAGGUUUUUACUGUGAGGCUGCUUCUACAAACUACACGGAUUGCCCUGCAGGUCACUACUGCCCCAGGAAUACCAAAUUUGCCACUCAGUAUCCUUGUCCUCCUGGAACGUACAGUGAUGCUUUAAAUAUCUGGGAUGCUUCCAAGUGCCAGCUGUGUCCUCCUGGAAGGGUCUGUUCCAAGCCAGGCCUAGCAAGACCAGAUGGACUGUGCAUGCCUGGAUGGUUUUGUCCACCUGGAUCCAUGUCAAGCAAGCCAAUGUUUCCUGGAAAUCACUCAGUGGACAUGGCAGCUCCAGCUUCUGGAUCUUUUGGGCAGUGCCAAGCAGGAACCUUUUGUCCUGUCGGUUCAUUUCUUCCUAUUCCGUGCACUCCAGGUAUGUACUGUGCAACUGCUGAGCUAUCAGCUCCAUCAGGUCCCUGUGAGGCUGGCUUCUACUGCACAGGGGGCUCCGUGCUGCCAAACCCCACGGAUGGAGCAGUGGGGAACAUUUGUCCUCAGGGCCACUUCUGUCCUGCAGGGAGUUCUUCUCCAUCUCCUUGUCCCCGAGGCUCCUUUCUGGCUCAUCGUGGUGGCCAGUCAGCACAGGACUGCCAGGCCUGCUUCCCAGGGUGGUUCUGUUCUGAGUGUGGUCAGAGCUCCCCAGAAGGUCCGUGUGAGGAAGGGUGGUUCUGCCCCGAGGGCUCUGUGUCUGGGCAGCAUUCAGAUUAUUUAUGUCCUGUGGGUCACUAUUGCCCCACUGGCAGCCCUGAGCCCAUACCCUGCCCCUCUGGAAAAUACCAGGACCAGGCUGGUAAAAGCCAGUGUGAAAUGUGCCCAGCAGGAAUGUUCUGUGCCCUUGAAGGCCAUCCAUCCAGUCUCCAUAACAGCUCAAGUGGAGUGAUCAAACCAAUGGUCUGUUUAGCAGGACAUUACUGCCUCCUGGGCACAAAAGCUGGCAAUCAGUACCCAUGCCCAGCAGGGACUUACAGUAACAAAACUGGACUGAGAAACCCUAGGGAAUGCUUGCCUUGUCCUGGAGGCAUGUUUUGUGCCAGUGCAGGACUUGUUUCCCCGAGUGGUUCUUGUUUGCCUGGAUAUUACUGCACUUUAAAGGCACAGGUACCCAAUCCUGCCAAUGAUGCCACUGGUGGCCUUUGCCCAGCAGGCCAUUACUGCCCAGCAGGCAGCAGCGAGCCAAAGCCCUGUCCCUCUGGCAUGUUUUUGCCUCAGUCUGGGAUGGCUUACCAUAAUGCCUGUCUGCCCUGCCCAGGAGGGAAGUUCUGCCAAGGGGACGGCUUGAUGAGCAUUUCUGGAUCGUGUUCUGCUGGCUAUUUUUGUGAUGGUGAAUCCACACGGCCAGACCAUAAGCAGUGUCCCCCGGGCUUUUACUGUCCUGAAGGCUCUGAAUCCCCAGUUCCUUGCAGCCCUGGUCACUUCAACUCUGAGAGAGGAAAGUGGCAGCCAGCAGACUGUCAGCUCUGCCCAGCUGGGUAUUUCUGCAGUGGUUCUGGAGCCCACACUCCUGAGCUGUGCCCUGCUGGGUACUUCUGUCUGCCAGGUACCAACUUCAGUACAGAGCAUCCAUGUCCAAAAGGUACCUUUGGCCCCAGGACUGGUGCCACCAGCAGCUCUGACUGUGAGCCCUGCCCAGCAGGCAUGUAUUGCUCAGCACCAGGUCUUUCACAGCCCUCUGGAUUUUGCUACUCAGGUUACCAUUGUGCCAAGGGAGCCAUCAGCCCAACCCCUUUCAAAAACAGGGUGGAAUUUGCUGGCUCUGUGUUGCCUGGUAAUGAUAUCUGUCCUGCAGGGCAUUUCUGCCCCAAUGGAACUGAGAAUCCCAUGCCUUGCCCUCCUGGGUCCUUCUCUGCUGUCAGGGGCCUGCAGGCAGAAGAGCAGUGCCAGCCCUGCCCUGCUGGCCGAUAUUGCAGCAGGGCAGGAUUGUUUGAUCUGGCUCAGACGUCGCUGUGUAACGCGGGGUAUGUUUGUCUGGAAGGAAGCUUUGCUCCCUGCCCUACUGAUGGGGUUUAUGGAUACAGAUGUCCUAGUGGCUUCUACUGUCCUGCUGGCACUGGACUAGAACUGCCCUGUGAGCCUGGCACCUUCAGCCCUAUGCCUGGGGCAAGUACUUGCCUCCCUUGCCCAGCUGGUAUGGCCUGCAGCCAUGCAGCCACUGCAGAGCCACUCAGCUGCCCCAGAGGUCAUUAUUGUCCAGCUAGGACUGCUGCUCCCCUGCCGUGCCCUGAAGGGACACUAAAUACCAUGGAGGGGGCAUUGGCCCCCACUGCUUGCAAGCUGUGUCCAGUGGGGAGGUACUGCAGAGGAGAUGCUAACUGGGAACCUGAUGGUCUGUGUUCAGCUGGGUACUAUUGUGAAGGAGGAGCCACUGAUGCAGUUCCACGUGGGACGCCAGAAUUCCCUCUCAGUGGGCCCUGUCCACUUGGACACUAUUGUCCUGAAGGCACUCCUUUCCCAGUUGCCUGCCCAGUUGGGACCCUGAACAACAGCACAGGUGGUACCUCUCCAGAGAGCUGUGUGCCGUGCUAUCCUGGGUCUUUCUGCGCUAGCAUUGGUUUGAGUUCUCCAACAGGACCUUGUACUGAGGGAUUUUACUGCCCAGCAAACUUCAGCUCCUUCAGCCCCACAGCAUUUCUCUGCCCAAAGGGUCACUUCUGCCAGUUAGGAGCAGCUCACCCAACACCAUGCCCUGCUGGGGAGUACCAGCCAGCCAGGGGCUCUGCGUCCUGCAUUCCAUGCCAGAGAGGAUUCUACUGCCAGGAACUGGUGGCUGGAGACCCCAAGAGCUGCCCACCACAUACUUACUGUCCUACAGGCACACAGUUCCCUCAGACGUGUCCUGAAGGCACCUUUACUCCUCCAAAUACGACUGGCCUCUGGAAUGAGAAGCAAUGCCUGCCUUGCUUACCUGGUCACUACUGCAGGCGUGGACAGCUAGUGGGGAAAUGUGCUGCUGGAUACUUCUGCCUUGCUGGGAGCUCUCAGCCCACUCCACAGGGCCCUGGCUUUUCCUGGCGCUUUCUGUCUGGAUGCCAAUGGGGUCAGGCAUGUGCUGGGCUGUGUCCUGCAGGUUUCUACUGCCUGGAGGGCUCUGAGUUACCUAUACCAUGUCCUGCCAAUACUAUUAGGGAUGUUCCAGGGGCUGGGCAGAAGGAAGACUGCCUGCCCUGUCCACCAGGCCACUGGUGCAAAGCAGGAGACUCAGAGGCUUCUCCAUGUCCUUCAGGACACUAUUGCUUUGGAAGUAAUGGCAGUGACCAAGACAGUCUGUUGGCACCUCAGAAAUGCCCUCCACAUACUUACCGCAAGCUACCAGGAGCUCAGAGCCUGACAGAUUGCCAACCAUGUCCUCCAGGCUAUCACUGCCCUCUGUCAGGUCUAACCAGUUUUGAGGAUUAUCCAUGCCCUCUGGGAUACUGGUGUCCUGGUAAAGGGGAUGCUUUCUUUUGUCCACCUGGCACUUCCAGGGUACACCCUGGUGCAAAAUCACUGGAAGAAUGUGAUCCCUGCUCAGCUGGCUACUACUGUCCAGACCCAGCACAGACAGGGCUGCCUAACACCCAAGGAGUACCUUGUGAACCUGGCUAUGAAUGCCCAGCAGGUUCAGUCAAUCCAAAGCCUUGCAGGCCUGGCUCAUACUGCAGUGCUCGCACAGCCGUGCCCUCCCUGUGCCCUGCUGGAUAUUACUGUCCUGAAGGCUCAUCAACAUACAAUAGCCCUGAGCAGCUAUGUGUGUUUCCCUAUUACUGUCCCCCAGGCAGUGCCCACCCACUGCCCUGUGAAGGAGGAUACAUGGCUCUCAGCUCGCCUGGGCCAAGGGAUUCCUUUGAGAAGUUCUGCAGAAUCUGUGAUGCAGGCAGCUAUCGUAAUGACUCUUUCAUCUCUGCUCCCUGUCAGCCCUGCCCAGCAGGCUUCAUCUGCCCACAAGGCAGUGAGACUUACCACAAGAAGCCUUGUCCCGUUGGCUAUUACUGCCCUCCCCUGGCAUCUGCCCCUCUUCCCUGUCCCCCGGGGACCCAUGGGAGCAACAACUUGGCCAAGCAUGUAGAGGAUUGUCAGGCCUGUCCUGCUGGCACCUUCAAUCACCUUCCUGCUCAGGCUGCCUGCUUUCCCUGUGGCAGCUCCUCUUCAUCACAGUCAGGUGCUACCAGCUGUACCUGCCAUGGGCUGAACCGGGCUUUCCAGCACUCAGAUGCCUCCUGUAUCUGCCAGGCAGGUUACAUUUACUAUGAUGAGCGAGGCAAGGAAAACUCUGACAGCAACAGUGAUCAGGACUGCCAACCUCAGGUGGACGAGCUCUGUGCUCCUGGAGAGAUCCGUUUAGCAUCUACACGCCGUUGUGUUUCUCCUGAGCAAUAUGACUGCUCUCCAUCUUGUGGGCCUGCGGGUGGAGAGGUCAAUGCAGAGCUGGGCAUAUGUCACUGCAAACAGUACAUCUCUGCUGAGGAGCUCUGUGACCAAAUGUGUUUGCUGAGAGCCCCACGGAUCUCCUUGGGAUUUGGCAUCAAAAGAGAGCUGCUUCUGAGGGUGGACGAUGGAGUCAGGGAAGUGACAAAUGUUCUGGGCCCAGAUGAACACGUGCAGAAGAGCCAGAGGGUGCAUUUGGUUCUGUUUAAUCCCAGUGGAGUGCUAGGUUUCAUUGUCUCCAGCAUGGAUAUCUUGGAUGCAUUUCUCUCAGGAGAUUUUUCAUCAGAUCAGUUGGAGCAGAAAGGUCAUAGAGUCCAGAGGGCUCUCUUCAAAGAUAUCCAUGCUUUGCCCCUUGUCCCUAACCCAGUGGUAUGUUUGGAAGCAGGAGACACAAUCCUUUUUCAGCUUAGCAUCAAUUCUCACAAUCGUGCAUCCAGCCACUACCCUGUUUAUCAGAAGCAGCAUCUGUAUAACAGCAACCCUAGCUGGGAUUAUGGAGCCUUCCGAAGGCUGGACCACCUCAUCCAGGAGACUCACCUCAACAUCUCCUGGUUUGCCCAUGUUUUCCUGGAGUCUGGGACAUUUGUAUUCAGGGAUAAGACCGUUCAGGAGCACUUUUUGAUUGUGACUGUGAACAAAGCAAAUGUGGGCUGUGACCCCAGAGAUGUGUCCUUCCAGCCCUCUUCUCUGUUCCAGCUGUCCAGACAUGGGAUUUUGAAGCAGCAGGAACUGAACUUAGCUCCUAACUGGGCUUCCAUUAUAGCGGUGCUCUUCAUUCUGGGCUUCCUAAUUGUGCUGCUGACAACCCUGGCUAUUGUGCUGCAGCCCACUGUUCCUGUCCUCAGUCCUCUGAGGAGCUGGAAGCCACGAUGGAGGAGCCUGGGUGAGCCGCACAUCCCACCAGAGUACAUCCUUCUUAAAGAAAGCCUUCUGUACUAUCAGAUGCUUGGUCCUUGUGGUUCUGGAGGAGAUGCUGCCUUUGGAGAAAAAGGAGCUGUGCGUAAUGAAGAAGGAUGUCGUGCAGUGAAAGACCUGGAGGAUUUCAGUGUUCGCACUCUGUACGAUAAAUUGGAAGAUCAGAAUUUGCACCUGGCAGCUCAGCUGGCAAAGCACAGGAGGGAUGUGUUGGUGUUUUACAAUGGAAUCAGCCAGCAGCUUCAAGGUCUCAUGGACAUGGUGCGAGCACUGGAUGCUAAGGGCCUGAAAAUCCUUACCAGGCAAAGGGUUUGUGGGCAUAAAUCUGCAGACAGCAGCUGGGCAGCAGUGGGCAUGGAGCAAUGUGAGGAGCACUGCAGCAGCAGCUUCCAUGCAGCAGGGCAGGCAGGUGCACUGCAGCAAGAGGCAGUGGAAUUGAUGAAAGCAUUGGAAAUCCUGCUUGGGAGAGCUCAGCCUAAGAACACGAAACAAGAGAUGGAGCAGCAGGUCCAUGGACAGGACAUGGUGGCAGUUUUACCCUCACUGCACAGUGAAAGUAAAGUAAAAGUAGUGGAAGGGCAGGGUUAUAAGCUGCCUGAGCAAGAAGAGCUCUUCCAUAGGAGGGGUGAUGUCUUCAGCUUCCCUGUGCAUGAAGAAUGCGAGAAAUGCUUAAGAGGCAAUUCCUCAGAGGAUAUGAGGAGUACCCUCAUCCCCAUGGAUCCAGCCACUUUGUCACCUCACCAGUUUGUGGUGUACCGCUUUGGCUGUGCACUGGUGCACCUGUUAACCAAGGCCUGCUCAUGUCCUGCUUUGGUGCUCAUGCUGGCUCAGUCCAUUCCUGCCCAAAGUCCAGAUCAAGCUCUUCUCCCAGGCUUUGGAGACUCCUACUACGAUGCCAUUGAUAAGAACCUGUAUGUGCAUGCAGCAAGGCUGGAGGAUGCUGGGGAGCUUAUUGCUGUCCUGCUGAACACUGUGGCCUGGAUUGCAGCAGGUAGGGCUGUGAUGAGGAGUGUUUAUCCCAUGGGAGCAGCACUGUUUGGCCUUCACUGCUAUGCAUGUGAGAAAUGAGCUCUUGUAUUGAGAUACCCAAUUAAAUAUCUGCUUUUCUUUUUUCCAGGGUCCUGUUCACAAAAGCAGGCAGGAUUUUAUGAAUCCUGUGAGCAGGAUUUCCUCUUUGUAGCAGGAAAUUUGUGCCUUGGAUAAGGGUUAUACUAGAAUCUGUUAUUCUGCAAGCACAAGAGAACUGUUCCUUCAGUGUUCUGACUUAAAACAGUUUUGCUGUCAACAAAUGUGACUUAUUCCUUUUGCUUUGCUUUAGGUUGUCCCUCAGCUUGCACUGCUCAUUCCUGCUUUAUGAUGGAGCUCAACAGAGCUAUUGUGGCUCUCGCCAAUGCCUUCUUCCAGGUUUCAUUGGGGAUAGCAG